AUGAAUCCAGUCAUGAAUCCUGGAUCCAUCAUCGACGCAAUCCGCAGUGAUCCAAUGCCCAUCACUGACAUCUACUGGCCAGCCUUCAAAAAGGCAGUCGAGAAUGAUCCCCAGCAACUCUGCCCCAUCGAUCUGACCUGCACCAUCUGCACAGAGCAGAUGUCGACGCAAGGAUCCGGAAGUGGUUCCAUCCAUUGGAUCCCGAAAACAGGUCGCAGAAUCUCUCAUGACGCCCAAAUCCUCCCCUGUGGCCAUAUGGUAGGCGGCAGCUGUCUCAUGAACUGGCUUGACAGACAGUCCGAACAGUUUCGAGGAAGAGAGUCCUACUCGUGUCCUGUCUGCAACACUGCGAUCAUGUAUCAUCCUGAGUGCGGGCACUUAUGCCACGGUCAACGGAUCCCACACUUGGUCGCCGACUACUCUCAAGUCCCUCUUGUUCUGAGUGAGGGCGGUUUCAUCUACGCUCGAUGUGCCGGAUGUGAAAUCCAGCAUACCUUUUCCGAGAUGACCCAGUACACCGGUAUCUACAAGUGGGAAAAUGAGGUCGAGUCCACUCACCAAUACAUCUCCCUUGGCUUUUUGGACCGACGCCCUGGCGGUUUCUUGUACAUGGAUGGUUCUAGAAACCCCAAGCGACCUAUUUGUGAGCGCGUCCGAAGACUCCAAACUCCAGAGGAGUUGAAGACUAUUUGGGAAGCCUAUAGAAAGGUUUGGGUGCUGAAGUUCAAGACUUUUUGGAUUUCGCAUGAUUUUUCUAAUGUAGGUCUGUGUCUCUACUUGAUGAAGACUAUGAAGCCACUUCCCCAGGCGCCCAAGACACAGGGCUUCUUUCGUCGUGUGUUCUCUCGACAAUCAUCUAUCUGA